UCAUAUUUCACUGGCAGCGCUCUCAGAGGACGACCUCCCCUCUACUGUACACCUCCUGUACAGCUGCUGCGCUUCUACUGUACUCUACUGCAGCUCCUUUUCUAGGGAAUUCCCUUUUUCUCUUCUUUUUCCUCUUGGUUCGCGUCUCUUUCAUAGUUGCGGGAGAGAUUUUUUUUCUUUUCAACCUUUUUUUUUUUCUUUUUUGUCCUUUUGGAGCAAAAGCGCAAAGACAAAAGUCCCAGAACAAGUCAUCUCAUAGUAAUAACGACUGAGUGGAAACCGAUGCAAGAAAAGAGAAUGUUUUUGGAUGAUUUUACUGUUUGCAGCUGAGAAAAAAAAAGUCCUGAACUGAAGCAAUUUCAACUGAGGAGAAAAGAGACGAAGUGCGAAGAGACGAGUCAGCAGAACCGAACCGAGGAUCUCCUCCUUCUCCUCCCUCUUUUCUUUUUACACCCUCAGAUGUCACGUUUAUCUAUUUAUUUCACUAAAAGCUCCUGAAUGCAGAUUCAUUUCACUUUACAGACGAUACCAACGUUGGCUUCCACGUCCUUCCUUUCCCCUCGUUUCUCCGUCCAGCAGCAUCGCGCCGCGGCUGUGCGUAAAAACCAAACCCUCCCCCUCAUCAUCCCUCAGACAGAACCUCUCGAAACCGGGCUGUAAGUGGAGCCACCAGUACCGAGAUAAGCUUACUUUCUACCUCUUGUUUGACUUUCUUUAAAGCCACCAGCACCCAUCAUGGAUGUGUUUAAAAGCCGGUUGUUGGGGAUUUCCGUGGCCGUUGCGCACGGCAUUUUCUCCGGCUCUCUGAACAUCUUGUUGAAGUUCCUCAUCAGUAAUUAUCACUUCAACUUCCUGACGCUCAUCCAGUUCCUGACCAGCAGCACCGCAGCGCUCACUCUGGAGACCCUCAGGCGGCUGGGGAAGGUCAACAUCCCCCCGUUCAGCAUUCAGCUCUCUAAGGAGUUUGGUCCGGUGUGUAUCCUCUCCACGCUGCAGUCCACUCUCACUUUGUGGUCUCUGCGAGGCCUCAGUCUACCCAUGUACGUGGUGUUCAAACGCUGCCUGCCACUCUUCACACUCAGCAUAGGUGUGUGCGUGCUGAGGAAUGGUGUGCCGUCCAUAGGCGUGGUGACCGCCGUGAUCAUCACCACCGGUGGAGCCGCGCUAGCUGGUGCUGGAGAUCUCACUGGCGAUCCCUUCGGUUACAUCACUGGUGUUUUGGCGGUGAUCAUCCAUGCCUCCUAUCUGGUCCUGAUCCAGAAAACCAGUCUGGACAGCGAAUAUGGACCGCUCACAGCACAGUACGCCAUCGCCAUCAUGGCCGCGCCGGUGCUGCUGGUGUGCUGCUUCAUCUCCAUGGAUGCCAUCAACAUGUGGUCGUAUGAGGGCUGGAAGGACCCCUACAUCACGUCCAUCUUCGUCUUCUGCAUCUUCAUUGGCUGCGCCAUGAACUUCACCACGCUGCACUGCACCUACAUCAACUCCGCUGUCACCACCAGUUUUGUGGGUGUAGUCAAGAGCAUCGCCACCAUCACCGUCGGCAUGCUGGCGUUCAACGAUGUCGCGCCUACUGGGCUGUUCAUCGGCGGUGUGGUGGUGAACACCAUCGGCUCCAUCACUUACUGCGUUGUCAAAUACUUUGAGACAAAGAAGAAGAGCUCAUAUGAGGAUUUGGAGGAGGCGGGGAAGGAUGGCUCGCCCCCUGGUGAGCCUUACCAAGAGAAACCACCUCUAAACAGCUCCGGGCCCGGCGAUGACACCGGAUCUGACCCAGGAAAACUAGAGAAAGAGGUAACAGUGAGCAUCGAAGGGAAGGAGGAGGAGGCACCAGCUGGCUUGGCUAAUGGAGAGUUGAGGACGGGAGACGGUGGACAAGGAUACGGAGAAGGAGGCUUGAAUUCCCACAUCAUGACGGAAAAGGAGGUGCUGGAGAUGCAGAGGGAGCAUCUCCACAAGGAGAACAUUUCUUCCAGUCAGUCAGCCAGUGACAGCUAUGUCGGUGUGUGGAGGUCCAUCAGAAAUCUGCAGUUCAUGAAGAAAGACCCUUUGAUUGAUAACAUGGAGCAGCAGAGUCCGUAAGGGCAGGACAGAGACCUGGACAGACUCUAAAAAUAAAUAAAACAGUAUAAAAAGUCUUGAACAUGCUGAAGAAACCAGAGAAAAAGAAAAGGAGAUGGGCAGAAUAAAAAUCACAGACUGGAGCUCUGCGUCCACUGGGAACUUCUUUUAUUAGCAUUAGCACUGCUGAACAAAUGCUUGUUGAAUACACAGGUCAUGUUUGCUGCUGUCUUCACCUCAACGAAAGCCCACGCUUUUAUGCUAAAAGUUCAAUUUCAUCACAUGGGGCUCUGAGUGAAAAGAACAGAUUCAGUGAAUUUGAAAGCAGGAAACAAAAAAUUCAUUUUCUUUGUUUAUGAUGAAAUGAAAUAGAGGUUCCUGGUGGAGAAAAGUGGAUAAAGAGUAUUUGGAGAAGCUGCCUGUCGGUGAUAAAUUCUGCCUCGUCUCCUUCAGCUCUGUGGCGUCCAGCAGGGACCAGACUAACCAUGGUGUAGCAUGAUUCGGUUUGCUCUGUGUCCCCACUGAUUUGCCAGCUAACCAAACAAAAGCAGGUCUUGAAGAAAAAGAGUGCAUCUUGUGCAAACUGAAAUAACACAUCCAAUCAGGGAACCGCAAAACAAACAGCAGACAACUGAAAGUUUAUGUUUUGUUCAAUGAAAACCUGGGUUAAUUCUUGUUUCUGAUGACACCUUUAAUGCACAUGUGGUUCAGAUCAAGUUUAUUUACUUGUAGGCAUGCACUGGCCACAAAGAUGCUAACUAAUCUAUAGCUACUUUCACACUGGGUUUGUUUUGUUUGAGUCUGAAAAUCAGUUAAUUGUCUGUCACACUUACUGUUGGUUUACUGUUGGUUCACCAUUCAUGUGUCUUUUUUACCAUCAUAGACACAAAACAAUGUCAGCGCCAGUUUUUAUGUACAUGAGAAAAAUGGGGUAAAAAUGGAGUUUCUGCUCAUACAUCAGUGAGGUAUUUUAUCUUUCCCGCCACUGGUAAAGUUAUCGUGACAUAGGGUCCAUCCUAAUAUUCACACUUGCAGUCUCUAGCACUAAAGUGCACAUUAACACGUUGCGAGGUAGAAGGCACAGUCUAUUGUGUAACAAACAGUCCGGUUGUUGGUGGUAACACAAUGAUAAUCAACAUACGUCUCUGACAUGUUGGACUCAUUGUCAAUUAGAUAGAAUUUGAUAUUAUGUCCCAACACUUAACAGUUAAGGCAAUGCCUCCACCGAUGGUUCUCUCUCAAUAUUAAAACUCUGCCCUUCUUCAUGAGAUUGAUAGUAAAUAAUAAUAAUAGUAACAUGUACUUAUUUAGCACUUCAAAAUCAGUGAUUACAAAGUGCUUUACAAACACCUAUAUUACAUAACAUUUAAAAAGUAGUAGUAAUAAUAAUAAUGCAUAUCUGACAUAAAUAUUAAAUAUCAUAUCCCGUAAGAAAGAUUUUGAGAUGUCUUCCUUUAAAAUUCUUAGCAGAAAACUUUUAAAAUAAAAUGUUAUCUCUUUAUAUACAAUAGACCAACAUGCUUCCAUAGAACUGUUGCAUUAUUAAUUGCAUGCAUUUUUUACUGUCACCAAAAUUGUGGCAGCUGUGGCAGUUUUCGGAAAUUUCUCGAUUACUUGCAAAUGCUGUAAGUGUGGGUAUUGGCACGGACCCUUAAAGUCAUCGACACAACCUCGUAAAAUAGGCAGUGCUAAAAACCUGGUGAUAGAUGGUUAGAUGGUGAACUACCAUAGCUGAUGAGCUCACUGCUAACAUGCUAUGUUGUGCUAGUCAGUCACAACAACUCUCUGUUACACCUAGCUUUCUAACUGUCAGUAAAUCAUGAUAGCUAGCUACCUUGCUAACUGACAGUGAGUGAGCUAGUUAGCUUGGUCGCGAUAAGUUCACACAGUUUAAUCAAGAGACAUAUUUGUACAAUCGACUCCUAGCUGUCUGAUACUGUCUGCAAACCAUGUUUCUUUUGUGGAGCAGUUUAUACUCCGGCAGAUUUAAAUAAAAGUGGAUGUUGCAACAUAGCUAACAAGCUAGCUUCUUCUGUUUUAAGGUCUCUGUUCCUUAAGAGGUUGGAAAUGUCAAGACAGCUUGCUAUUUGUCAAAGGUGGAAUUUCAUAUAUAAAGUUCACCAAAGUUGAACUCAGCAUGAAAGAUUCACACAUAUUUACUUAAGCAAAUCCACUGAUCACGUUGGUUCCCUUUAAAUGAAUUGCUUUUGCCGCAAAAUUUUACCUUUUGACAAUGAAUAAAGUACAAAUUGUGUUCUGGCUGUAUACAUACCUCAGUUUGACUUGAACCAAUCUCUGACCACUUUGUUAAGGUGGAUUCUAAAAUCUUUUUUCUCCAAGUUCUGAAGAGGUAUUUGUUCAAAUUCUAUCAAAUUUGUUUGUGUAGUUUCAGUUUUAUGUACCAAGGUUUUGAGAUCCCUGCCCUUGAAACAUCAGAAGCCACCACAACACAAAAAAAACAUGAAACAGCAGCUUUCCAGAAACAAUGCCCUUGUGACUCUGAAUAAUACACACAUCUGACUGUGAACAGUUAUUAAUAUUUUCUACCUUCUGUAGAAAAUAAUUCCUGCCCACGUUGAGGAUUGGGUGGGGGCAUCUAACACAAAGCUGUGAGUGGUAGCAUCCUUUAAUUCAUACCUUGUUGUGGAUUAUCCCUUUCUUACUCCUCUCCUAAUUCAUUAUUUUAGGCAGAUUUGCAAUUAAUACCUCUAGCUGUGCUAAAGCUCAGAGACAGCUUUAUAAAACCAGUGGUGGGAGGAAAGGUGGCUGCGCUCCACUGUUGUUUAACCAGGUUACCAGCCUUGGUUACAUUUGGAGACUGUCCAUGUGAGCUUUGACCCCAGAAAAACGAUCGAUGUAGGGAAGAAUUGUGUAUAAUCUGAUCAGACUUUAAAGGUGGAAUUAUAAACUUGUGAUAAAUUGUUUCUUAAUUAAUCCAUGUUAAUCUGGAGUUGAUGAAAUGUUAUCUUUAUUUCUUGGAGUGUAAUGUGUUGCUGCUGAAGCUGGGGCACGACACAAGGCAUAAGUGAACUGCAAACCGAUGGGAUGUCAGUUAAAGAGAGAAAUAGGCUUAUUCGCUUGUUUGCCCAAGAGUUACAUGAGAAAAUUCCUCACGAUGGCGACAAGACUUCACACACUCUGUGUUCUCGUAUAAACUCAGCAGGAGACUCUUUCUGGAUCUAUGGAGUUUCAGCUGAACACUGCUGUCUGCCCACCCCGAGGCAGAGACAGUUUCUAAUAAAAUUAGUCAAAAUCAGCCUUUCUAAGGGAUGUGUGGGCCAGUGUGCAGACCGAAUGUCUAAAAGAAUUAUUCAUAUCAGCCAGCUGGAGUCAAGUCUCCUCCAUAUGUGGGCUGUAACGUCAUGGACAGACAGUCUAAACUGGGGCUUGAUGCUGAUGAUGACAUGUAUACCAGCAAAUAUAAGACUCAGUAACGAAGUUUAGGCCUUUAUUGGUGAAUCAUUCAUCAUCUUUUAUCUCAUCUUUUAAGUUCUACGAUAAUGUGAACCUUAAAACUAUUCAUAGUUAACAUAAGGAAAGAGAGCUUUACUGCGGUUGAUGAAAUAAACUUUCCUGGUAAUAUCUAAAAAUCCAAUGUAAUGGAGAAUAUCUUUCUGAGUUGGAUGUGAAGAUUGAUAUCAUUCUUAGGAGGCUGCUUUAAGUACGGAGAUAGAGCCAGGAGAUGAGUUUAGCAUAGCUAGCUUUGCGCUGUCCAAAGUUUAAAAAUGCACCUAUCAACACCCCUAAUGUUCACUAAUUAUACUGUAUCGUGGUUUUAGACAGCGUUACAUGCUAACCAUUUCCCAGCAAGUCUUCUUGACACCAUGAAGUUGCUAGAUAACCUUCACCAGGAAAUAGUUCUAGCCCGUGACUCCCCAUAAAACCACAACUUAAUGUUUUUUUCAUUUAUUUGAAUUUUAAAAAUGAAUGUGCCAUAAAUUGAACUUCCAAAUCUGUAUCCGGAAACCCAAUCAAAAAUAGGAAACAUAGGAAACAACAUUUUAACUAAAACUAUUCAGAACUGUCAACUGAUCCUCACUAAAAACUAAUCACUUGUUCCUUGGUGAAUGGCCAAACUUUACACCAAAUUUCAUUGAAUAUUUUGAAUGUUUUAUGAUUCCCUGCUAACUGACAAACAGGCAAACAAUAAGGACAGAAAGUAUUACUGAAUGCCCAAGGUGAAGAUAACGUAAAAUUGUAUACAAUAUAUUGCACACCCAGCCCUGGUAGUCUGCCUUCCUCUAACACCCAGUCAGGGCCAAUCCUGACUAGCAUGCAACUGAGAAUCUCUACCACCUCAACACUAUGGAAGCCUUGUAAUAACUCACCUCAAUACUGUGUCCUCAACCUGUUGUUUUCUGUAUUUAACUCCAAACAGGAAACAUUUAUCUCCUCUCCUUCAAAUACUGUCUCCUUUCCACAAAGAAAACACUUCAGGCGUCUUGAAUUGUGUGGAGAGAAAAAGCUGUCAACCAGUGGUAUUGAUUCAUAUUGAUUUUUUUCUCCACUGUUCCCAAACUUAAUUUAACGGUACAAGAGAUCUGAUGUCACCCCGAGCUGCAACACGCAGGGUGUGGGCUGGUCGAAGCAGCCCGAUUUGGACGUUAUUUGGACAAUUAACACUUUAAAAAAUAUAAAUAUAGUUGUUAAAGCAUGACAUGUGACUUGUUAGGUGUUUUCAGAUGUGUUUUUGGGUGAUAAUGAGUCAAUGGGCACCACCAUGAUAAAGUGUUUAUGUGAUGUUUCACUGUAAUCCAGAAGUUCUCGACAAGCCUCCUUGAAGGCCAAACGUGAAUAAUCACAGCCUUGCACAUUGAAUUUGUUUAAUUUUAAGACCUUUUUUGUUUGAGUCAAGAUGACAAAAGUUGUUUGUGCAUGUUUUUGGUUGCUUUUUCCUUUUUACAUCCAAAUCUAAAGAUUGAGACUGUUAAAACCUGCUGAAUGUUGGAAUAGAGAAAAAAUUUUGGUAAAUUUGGUAAAUAAACUAAAAUUCCUCCUGUAAAAAAUAGGCAGUUGAUGUUAAAUAACUAGCCAGUUAAUUUACUGUAGCUCACAUCUUGAAGAGCAUUUGUUCAAUCUACUGAAACAAUGUCUGAAAAAGAAAUAUUGGAAAUGCUGUAUUUUGCAACAAUUUCCUAGCAGGUUUCCGAGAAAGAACAAUGUGAUUUGGUACUAAUUAUACGGAAAAUGGAGUGUUCAAAUGGUACACUUUAAAUUGAUUAAUUCCAAUUAAUGGCUGCUAUAACCUUGAGAGUCAUUAAGUGAGUGCCUGGCAGGUCAGUUGAAUAUGCAAAAAUCUGAAAUCUGUCAAAGGGAAGCAUAGAGAUUAAAACAUGUAGAGGAUGAAGUUUCCAGUAAUCAUUUAUUAUGAAUGUAUAUUUCUUUGGGUUUAAACAGCUUUUCUUUCAAGGAAAGCCCUGUUUUCUCUAUAACUGUUAAGUUCUUUCCAGGAAACUUUCUACUCUGUGUCUAGCAGAUGUUCGUUGCAGUAAAAUGCAGAAUUCGUACAAUUGGUUCAUCUGUAUGUUUGUCUUUUUGUGCUUUGGGAAGAAGAGUUUUCAAACUUUUAAUGGUGACGCUUGCAUGAUACAAAGACCAAAAAAGAAGGGUGACACUACAGAGCUGCUCAAAAAUAAAUUUGCCAUGAUUAUUUAUGAGUUUUCUGAUGUCAUUGGAGCUCGGGUACGGCUCAUUGGUCCGUUUGGAGUCACUGUGAAACCUGCAGGGAUGGUUAUGUGCUAAUUUGCUGUCUUUACAAGACAGAAGGUUGAAUGUUUUCUAUUGAACUGUUAGUCAUAUUGACAGCUUGUUAUCGACAUGAGGUCAAUGAGUGCAGUUAACUGUGCAUGCAUGCUGUUAAGGACCACACAUUCAAAUUUGUACUUGUGAGGACCCUCCCUAACCAUCAAAACUAAAUGCCAAAACCCCCAAUCCUUA